CACAAUAAACCCACUGGCUGGCGUCCCUGAGCCAUCAGACGGGCUGUUCCCCACACUGGCUGUGGGCUCUGUCUGCUGGGAGAUCCACUAGCCUCGCGCAAUCCCCGUGCCGCCCCUGGGUUGGGACAGCACCUGGUGCCCGGGAACCGGCAGCCACCGCGUGAGCCGGGCAUCAUGUCUCCUCUGCGCCCUGUUCUGUUCUCCCUGCUCUUCAUCGCCUCCUCGCAGGCCCAGGACGGCGCAGCGCAGGGCACCACUGAGGGCUCCAGGACGCUGCAGCCCUGGCUGGUGGGGCUGACGGCCGUCGUGGUCUUCCUCUUCAUCGUUGUCAUGCUGAUGAUCAUCAACAGAGUCUGGUGCUACAAGAAGCGCAGGAAUGAGGAGGAGCCGCUGGAAGAGCCUGCCCAAUCCAGCAGGACGGUCUCAAACUGCUAUGACAACCUGGUGCUGGAGAAGGACAACGAGGAGGAGCUGAAGGAGAAUAAAACGACCUCCCUGUGAGGAGCCGGCGAGCCUGGUGGGAUGGGAGACCACGGUACCCUGCUGGGCUGCCCAGCACACAAAUCAACUCGCUGCUUCCCUGCGUCUCUGCCCAGCUCCACCCGGCCCCUCCCUGUCCCAGCACGGGCGAGCAGCCGGCCUGACCCACCCAGCAGCCUCCCCUGGGCCAUGCAGGCUGCCCAUGCGGCUGCUCUCUCCUGCGUGCUGCCAUGCAGGGCCCAGGGGUGCAGCGGGCACAGACCCCACAUCACAACCAUGUGCAGGACAAGCCCACUCUCCCCUUCCCUGGUCGUUCAGCCACGGGGGUGCGCGGUGUCUUUGUGGAGCAGGGAGCCAGAGCCAGUCCCUGGAGGGGAUUCUCCCCCAAAGCCCCCUGCCAGGCCCCACCUGUUCACAGGCUGCAGAGUCCCCUGUCCCUCCCUAUGCUGCAGAACUGGGCUCCAGAAUCUGUACUUGCAUUUACACGAAUAACAACGAUAAUAAAGGGUUUUGGCCUGUGUGGUUAUGAA